AGUGCUCCCGAGGAAAUGAAUAAGCAACCAGCCAACAGCCUAGAGGCAGCAGUGCGGGGCCACCGGGAUAGCCCACGUGCACCCAGGACCAGCCCUGAGCAGGACCUGCCAGCAGCGGCCGCCGCGGCUACAACCGCGCCACCACGUGUGCCCAGGUCAGCUUCCACAGGCGCCCAAACUUUCCAGUCCGCGGAUGCGAGAACCUACGAGGCCCAGCAGCCCGGAGUGCGGUUUUGUAAACUCAGCAGCCCCCGGGCACAAGCGACCUCCGGGGCCCUCCGGGACUUAAGCGAAGGGCACAGCGCACAGGCCAACCCCCCUUCCGUGGCCGCUGGGGCUAGCAACACGCUGCACUGCAAGAUCCCAGCUCUGCGUGGCCCGGAGGAGGACGUGAAUGUGAGUGUGGGCAAGGGCACGCUGGAGCACAACAAUACCCCAGCCGUGGGCUGGGUGAACAUGAGCCAGAGCACUGUGGUGUUGGGUACCGAUGGCAUCGCGUCGGUGCUUCCAGGCAGCGUGGCCACCACUACCAUACCGGAGGACGAGCAAGGGGAUGAGAAUAAGGCCCGAGGGAACUGGUCCAGCAAACUGGACUUCAUCCUGUCCAUGGUGGGGUACGCAGUGGGGCUGGGCAAUGUAUGGAGGUUUCCCUACCUGGCCUUCCAGAACGGGGGAGGUGCUUUCCUCAUCCCUUACCUGAUGAUGCUAGCACUGGCUGGCUUGCCUAUCUUCUUCCUAGAGGUGUCACUGGGCCAGUUUGCCAGCCAGGGGCCUGUGUCUGUGUGGAAGGCCAUCCCAGCUCUACAGGGCUGUGGCAUUGCCAUGCUCAUCAUCUCGGUCCUCAUAGCCAUAUACUACAACGUGAUCAUUUGCUACACACUCUUCUACCUGUUUGCCUCCUUUGUAUCUGUGCUGCCCUGGGGCUCCUGCAACAACCCAUGGAACACACCAGAAUGCAAAGAUAAAACCAAACUUUUACUAGAUUCCUGUGUUGUCAGUGACCAUCCCAAAAUACAGAUCAAGAACUCAACUUUCUGCAUGACCGCCUAUCCGAACUUGACAAUGGUUAACUUCACCAGCCAGGCCAAUAAGACAUUUGUCAGUGGGAGUGAAGAGUACUUCAAGUACUUUGUGCUGAAGAUUUCUGCAGGAAUUGAGUAUCCGGGUGAGAUCAGGUGGCCCUUGGCCUUCUGCCUCUUCCUGGCUUGGGUGAUUGUGUACGCAUCUCUGGCGAAAGGAAUUAAGACAUCAGGAAAAGUGGUGUAUUUCACAGCCACGUUCCCGUAUGUUGUGUUGGUCAUCCUCCUUAUUCGAGGAGUCACACUGCCUGGAGCUGGAGCUGGCAUCUGGUACUUCAUCACACCUAAGUGGGAAAAACUCACAGAUGCCACGGUAUGGAAGGAUGCUGCCACUCAGAUUUUCUUUUCACUGUCUGCUGCCUGGGGAGGGCUCAUCACUCUUUCUUCUUACAACAAAUUCCACAACAACUGCUACAGGGACACAUUAAUUGUAACCUGCACCAACAGUGCCACUAGCAUCUUUGCUGGGUUCGUCAUUUUCUCUGUCAUCGGUUUCAUGGCCAACGAACGCAAAGUCAACAUUGAGAAUGUGGCUGACCAAGGGCCAGGCAUUGCAUUUGUGGUUUACCCGGAAGCCUUAACCAGGCUGCCUCUCUCUCCAUUCUGGGCCAUCAUCUUCUUCCUGAUGCUUCUCACUCUUGGUCUUGACACUAUGUUUGCCACCAUCGAGACCAUUGUGACCUCCAUCUCCGAUGAGUUCCCCAAGUACCUGCGCACACACAAGCCUGUGUUCACCCUGGGCUGCUGUAUCUGCUUCUUCAUUAUGGGCUUCCCAAUGAUCACACAGGGUGGAAUCUACAUGUUUCAGCUCGUGGACACCUAUGCUGCCUCCUAUGCCCUCGUCAUCAUCGCUAUAUUUGAGCUUGUUGGCAUCUCCUAUGUGUAUGGCUUGCAGAGGUUCUGUGAAGACAUCGAGAUGAUGAUUGGAUUCCAGCCCAAUAUCUUCUGGAAAGUCUGCUGGGCAUUUGUCACCCCGACCAUUUUAACCUUUAUCCUUUGCUUCAGCUUUUACCAGUGGGAGCCCAUGACCUAUGGCUCUUAUCGCUACCCUAACUGGUCCAUGGUGCUUGGGUGGCUGAUGCUCGCCUGCUCUGUUAUCUGGAUCCCGAUUAUGUUUGUGAUAAAAAUGUAUCUGGCUCCUGGCAGAUUUAUUGAGAGGCUGAAGUUGGUAUGCUCUCCACAGCCAGACUGGGGCCCAUUCUUAGCUCAGCACCGUGGGGAGCGUUACAAGAAUAUGAUUGACCCCUUGGGAACCUCCUCCCUGGGACUCAAACUGCCAGUGAAGGAUUUGGAACUGGGCACCCAGUGCUAGUCCAGUAGUGUGGAUGGUCCUGUAUUACUCCUGAUUUUCCUCUCUGCGUCCCCUUCACACUUUCCCCAGCUUUAUUCCCAAUUUUCUUCUUUCUCCCCACACCUCGCUUCACAGCCAUGCAUGAGAGUGUUCCAUAGAAAAGUAGGACAUAGUGUCUGUCGCAUGCUGUAGUGAGAGUCACACAGACCACUGGAAGCGCUGUCUGCCUGUGUCUGUGCUAUCAGUGUCUGGAAGGAUUGGUCCCCUGAUCAGGUGCUUCACUCAUCCUGCAGGGGUAGGUUGACCAGGUGAGUGCUGGCAGGUGCAUGGCUUGGCAGUAGAGACAUCCUGAUGUGUGCUCUCAUUGCUGGAAGGAGUAUGAGGGCACGAGGAGAAUUCAGACUUUCAGGACUGCUGAUUUGGACUCAUCAACACUGCCCGGCUGAGCUGGGCAAUGCCACAAUCUCAUUCAGAAGCUGAAAGUUCAGGUCAGGUGCAUUUAGGUGGGUGGCAGUGCUGGAGAUUGUUCUAGAUGCAGACAAGGCCCGGAGGUGGAUUUGGGCACAGCUGGAUGGUUUGGUUUGCAUAACUGUUCCUUUAUUUUGACCAAGCAUACCAUGCAUUCAGAUGCUUCAUCUCUCCAUACUGUGGAUCUGAAGGGACUGUCCAUUUUCUUCCCUCAGUCUGUCUGUCCUCCCCCUCUUCCUCCUUCUUUUCCUCCUCCCCUCCUUCUCCUGCUUCUUUUCCUCUUCCUAUUCCUCCUUCUUCAUAAUAACAUCUGGGAGUUAAUUCUUUGGGUCUUUUCUUCCACCCUGUGCACAAGAAGCCAUGCUUUGAUUUGCAUGUCAACUUUUGUACCACUGUUCUAUCUGCCAUGAUGUCUUGACCACCAUGGUUCAGUGUCACGAUAUGCUGUCUCUUUGCCUCCAGAUCUCUUUCUAUAAGCUGUAGAUACCUUGACUUUCAACCUCUGGGAAAAUUAGACUUGCCCCAGUUCUGUCUAUAUAUUAUAUAUAUGGGACAUAAACUCUUAAAAAGACACUUUCUCAAUUUUUACUCCUUUUUAAGUAACAGUAAAUACCAAUUGUGGCCAUAGGAAAAUCAGAGAAAUUAAGAGAUUGGUAGAAAACAGCCAUAUUAUUAUUUAUCCCUGGGGUUGGACAUCUUAGGUCACUGUAUUUCCGGAACUUUCUGAUAAAUCCAGUUUAGCUAGGUAGUGAGUAAGCCAAUUAAGACUAUAGCUCUUAAGAAUGCAUUUAGCCAGUUCAGAUUCUGGAACUCCUUAUCUGCAGUGUUCAUUGUCACUGCCCUCUAGUGAGAAUAAGACCCCCAUCUGCAGAGCCUGCCUAGGCUGUACCUGUUAUUACAGUGUCUCCCAAACAGGCAUAUAUGAAACUCUUAAGCUGUGGCGUGUGCUCAUGCAGCAUGUACACAUAGCAUGUAGUGGUGUUUCUGUCCUUACAAAUAUCUUAUGAAGCACCACAAAGAUGGCGAGUUUAGAGUAGCAUAGUCUGGGCGUUUUAUUUUUUCCUUCCUGUAUUAAUAUUUAAACCUAAAAUCAUUUCCUGUAGGGGAGACUAGUUCAAUCAUUUUCUUAUUAGUUUGUCUUCAUAUAACAGGGUCUCAGGCAAAGUUUUCAGUUCAAAUCCUGUAUGUGGAUGUGACAUUUUCAUCCUGCACAAGGGCAAUGUUGCCCAACAACAAAUUUUAAUGUAUUCUUUAAAAAAGAUGACUCCAUUUGUGUAAAGUGUCUGAAGUCAUUGUACUGGACUCUCUUUUUUCUAGGGUAAGUGCUCACACCACCUGCCAACAAUGAUGGUUACUUGGGUUUCCCAGGGUAGCCAUGACAGGUUUUAGGGAAGGGACCAUGGUGGGUUUUGAAUUCUUGGCUUUCAUGUCUUUGCUGGCAGGGUUGGCUCUCCCUCUUCCAUUUUCUUUUUUCUCUCAUUUCCCAGAAGUAGGUCUUGCUAGACUGUCACAUGGGUGGAGGCUCGGCCUCCCCUAUUUUAGGAAGAUGAGCUGUGGGCUCAGCUGUCUCCUAUCUGCUGUCUGUUUCCCCUGUACCGAUGAGUGGCCCCAUUCCUGCUGCAGUAUCGCAGGGUGUUGUGAAGACUUGGGUGGUGUGUAAGAGCAAAGAUGUUGGAAACUCCCCGAAGCCCCACCAGUUUUCAGGUUAAGAAAAGCACAGAGCUGGUCUCAGCACACAUGGGAUUUGUGCUUGUGUGGGAUGAAUGGUUUCUGGCUUCCUGUUUCAUUUGGACUGGGUUUGGGACUGGUGCUGGAUGCCAAACCAAUUUCUGCUCAUUUUGCCUCUGUGAUUACAGGAAGGGAGUGGGGAGGCACUGCCAGAUGUGAACUGAGAGCUGGCUCACUGGAGACCUCAUCGAUUAGGGUGUUUGUAACUGGGGCAGCUACAGCUGUGUCUAGUAGGAUAUGUUAAGGAAACACCUUGAAGCUGCCCUGAGUACUUGCCCAUCUUGUUGUUGUUGCUUUUUCUUUCUCUAGUUUUAUAUAAAAACUGCUUAGAAGGGCAAAAUAAAAGGUUGCAGGCUGACUUGGGCACAGCUGCCAUUGAAGUUUAGCUUUGCCCACAUUCAUUGCCGUGUUCAACUUCAAGGCUCUCCCUGGCAGGGAGGGGUGGUGUCUGAGUAGCCUCCAUUCGUGGUGUAUCUCAGCAGUAUGCCUCCUGAGGACUUGGGUGAGAUACUGAGAGCUGAUAUGUGUCCAGCUGGGUGGAUUGUUUCCAUGCUACUAAAAUGCACACUCUAUUGGUAGAAAAAAAUGAAUGAAUAAAUAGAAAAUGAAAGCGCUAUCAUAACUGCCACCUGAGAUUCUCCCUAGACACUGAAGGAGAAGCAAUGUUGCUCUGGAAAAACCUUGGUUCCCUGUGUGGAUUGGUGGGGAGUUUUCCAUCUGUGAGAUGAUUUCAUACCAACCGAUAAACUCAUUCAGAGAAAAACAAGCCAUAUGUGAAAAAUAGUAACCCCUUAAUAUCCUUAAAACAAAAAGCACCAUGUAUUUAUUAACUAUUGGUGUUGUGGUUUCUUAUGCUAACCUUUGUGUAAUUGUCCUGCUCACUAGAAACUUCUAAUCUCCCUGUUUGUUGUGAACAAAUGUGUUUGAUUCUGGUCUUUCGUGGUAGUUGUUUUUAUUUGCCCCUAUGUAUUUCUUUCUUGCAUGAUAUCUGUGGUCAAUGCAAAAUCCUGAUGACCUUGAGUUCUUUGAAUUUUUGAUGUGAUUUUAAUUUUUGAGAGCUGCAAUUGAUGUGUACUUCAGGGAGCAGCACUUUAGAAAGAGUUGAACACAAGCACUUUUGGUUGGACGAGACUCAGAUUUCUCUAUGCCGGCACAGCACUGAGAGGGUCAGGGGUUUUGCUUCUCUUCUGUUAUCUAUGUGUGCCUCAGCGCUUCUCAGUUCCUUUCUGUCAGCAUGGGCUUCCCUUGCCUUAAACUGACACUUUACUCUUCAUCUCCUUGGCCAUGGGUCAUUGUCCUCUUCCCAGAGACUAGCACAGUAACUGUUGGUGGAUGUGCAACAGCAAGGUCAUCCUGCCCAUGGUAUUUGGAUUUUGGUCUGUACGUGCUUCUCUGAGGCACUGAGUGAGGGUGUUUUGUAUGGUAGUUUGACAUGCAAGGCAUGGAGGCAGAGGCCAGCAAGCCUGUUUCACCAUCUCCCAAUGAGUGUUAGGCAGAGCUGGCCUGAGGUUUGGGAGUGAGACUUCCUGUCUUUCUCUCAUUUAGCUGUGCUUACAUAGAAGGACCACUAUGAAGUAUGGUCUUGGCAUAGGUUGCUGUAAACUGCCUGCCAAGAAAGGAUUUUGGAUGGGUGUCACCACUCUUGAAAAGCAAGCUGAAGUUUGAUUAGCUUCUAAGGAUGACACCUUCAGGUAACCGGAUGGAUGCCUUACAGGUGUGCUCUAUCAUGGGAUGAUGUUUAGGCGUCAACUGGGAACUGCUAUGUCUCUCAUUUGUCCUUGUUCUUUUGCACUUUAUUAUGGACCUAUCAAGGAGUAGGUUACUUACUAAAUUGUGUACUUGGAUAAUGUUCUGAGUGCAAGCAUCUCACGUGGGCACUAUUGUUCAUGAAUAAAGAUGUUUCCUAGUCAGGUCCUUAUAUUUUUUCAUCAACUGUACAUGAAGAAAAUAUAUUAUGUUACAAAAUGAUGCAUCAUAUAUAUCUAUCGUAUAGAGUGCUUAUUAUAUAUUGUGCAUUAUUCAUUUAAGAAGUCAUUACUCUUGAGGCCCUACCUCAAAUUUUGUAUUUAUGUGUACAAAUGCAAUUUAUUGUAUUAUAUAUUUGCCUAUUACAUACUGUUAUAAAGUAGAGUUUAUCCUAAUAAUGUAUGAGUCCUUGAAA